ACAUGAAAUAAAACUUCGUAGAUAAACUAACAAUAUCUCACUUUCUAUAUAUAUGUAUAUAUACCUCACAUUCAUUAUCACAUAAACUCAUCAAACUUUACACAUAGCUUUCCAUUUUUUAUACCAAACACAACCCACAAAAAAAGCAUCGAAACAAACAAACAAACCUAAAAAAAUUGAAUGGAGAAGAAUCACAAGAUCAUUCAUUCUAAGUUGGUAACAAUUGAUGAAGAUGAAAGAGAAUGUCUUCGCAGAUUAGCAGAAACAAGCAAUAAUACUACUCGUGGUUAUCAUCAAAAUUUUAAGCCUGUUACAAAUGAUAAGAAGUUUAUUAGUAAUAAAGUAGUUAAAGAUAUUCAUAUUGUUGGUGAUAAUCAUCUUGUUCAAGAGAAGAAAAAGGUUAUGCAUUUACCAAACAACAAGCUCGAAUCGAAGAAAUCUGAGGACAUAAAUGAGAGUGCUGAGAAGUUUAUCCAGAAAUUCAAACAACAGUUGCUUCUUCAACGUCUUGAAUCGAUCGAAAACGUAGAGAAGAUGCUUGAAAGAGGGCUUUGAAUUUUGAUAUAUAUAUAUAUAUAUAUAUAUAUGAAUAUAAAUGGAGUAUGUCUACGUGAUAUGAAGAGGUUUUAUUAAUUUUGGGGUGCUUUUAUUUGAUUAAAAAUAAUUUAUUGAUUGGUUUAUCUUUGGAUUGUAAGAAUUAUUUCAUUUUUUGCUGCAUGUUUGGUUAUGUUAUUACUGUUAAUCAAGCAUGUAUAGUGAACUAUUUUUGAGUAAAUAAAGUUAAGAGGUCAUGCUA